AUGGCACGGACGAAGGUUCUCGUCACAGGCGGCACCGGCUUCCUGGGGUCUGAGAUCAUCAAAGCGCUCGUAGAAGCAAACGAUUUUGCCAUCACAGCUCUGGACAUCAACCCGCCAUCGCUCGGGACGUCAUCAUACCCCGGUGUCACUUAUGUGCGUUGUGAUGUCUUGAAAAUGGAGGAACUUCAGGAGGUGUUCAAGAAAGCGCAGCCCACUGUCGUUUUGUUGGAACGCUUCGAAUUCCACACCUUUAGUUUGGAAUUCUAA